AUGUCCUCGAUCACUAGGGCCGUCACCUCACGGCUCAGCGAGCUCACGAAUGGAAGACAACGCUUGACGAGCGAGAAGCGUACGUUUCUGUUUCGCUCGCACCGCUCCACAACCGAUUCGUGUGCAUUUUAGAGCCAUCGCCAUCGUCUAAUAGCCAAUUCAACUACAUCAUUCCUCCGGAGAUCAUCUGGGAAGACUAUCAGGCUCAAAAACAGGUACAUAAUAGUGUUAGUGGCUUUUACGUUUUUUGAAAGCGACGCUACCAAAAAAAAACGAUAAGUAUUGCCUACAACCAGCAUGUUUGUUCGCACACAGAACAGGCAUUUCCGCACCCAUACCGCAAAAGGGAAGCCUACAGAAGACUCGAAAAGCCUGACUUUCCGGUCGCAAAGUGCUAGUGCGCUCAAGUUUUUUUUGCCUGCCCUCCCUUCGUGUGUUGUUGUUGUAUUCACACACCGAGUGACGCUAUUGUUUAUUCUAUGCGGUUCCAUGAGCUGUCAGACAAGAAACCAGUACCUGUGUGCCCAAAUGAUACUUGUAGGAGCCGCUCAAAGUCGACGUCGAACCGGAACCCAAAGUUGAGGUUGUGGAAAAGAAGUCGAGUCCAAGCAUCUUCUCGCAAAAGGUCAGUGUGUGUUGUAUCUUAGUCCAACGGAUCGAAAUUGUUUAUUGACCGACCGACCCGACCAACUGACCGCCUUUCGCUUUUUUGUUUCGUUUCGGCAGAAAUCAAAGAGAAACUCGAAUUCAGAUGAGCGCCGUCGUUCGCAAGUUAUCGCCAUUCAGUGACGACAGUUCGUCGUCGUCGUCCAAGGAUAAAGAACACGAGGAGGGAGAGAAGAAGAAGACUGGCGGGAGAUUCAAAGAAACGGUAUGAAACAAAGCAUCUAAUGUGAUAAGAUACCAUGAAACUUCCACCUACAGAAGCAGAAAAUGGAGCGGUUCAAGAAACAGCGUCGCUCCAAAGAUCGCCAGCAACUGAUUGAGUCGAGUGACGAGGAUGUUUCAUAG